CAGGGUCUCGGCUCGUGCGCUCAAUUGUGCGCCGACAACAUGGCCAAGAUCGCCAACUCUGAGUUCAGCUGCUCCGGCGGAGACGUUGCCUGCUUCUGCUCAAAGUCCAACUGGGCCUACGGUAUCCGCGACUGCUCCGCGCAGGCCUGCUCCGCUCAAGAGGCCGCUCAGGCCGUCACCUGGGCUUCCGGCCAGUGUAGCAACGUCGCUUCCACCGUCUCUCAAGUCCCGGCCGCCAUCCCCAUCCUCACCUCGGCCGUUGCCAGCGCUUCCCAGGCCCUCGCCUCGGUUGCUGCCUCUGCUUCCAGCGCCGUUUCCGAGGCUGUGAGCAGUGCCCAGGGCUACUCCACGCUUCCUCUCCUCGCCACCGUCACCGACUCCGCCGGUAGCGUCGCCACUACCACCACCGGCUUCAGCACCCUCUUCAGCUCCGCGACCGCGAGCGCAGCCAGCGAGGCCUCAAGUGUUGCCUCGAGCCUUGCCAGCGAGGCCUCAAGCGCUGCCUCUUCGCUCGCCUCUGGUGUAUCUUCGUUGGCUGAGUCUGCUUCGUCUGCUGCUGCCUCCGCUCUCUCUUCUGCUAGCGGUGCCCUCGAGUCUGCCACCAAGAGCCUUGCCUCUGCUGCUUCUUCCAAGGCCUCCUCUGCCACUGGUGGUGCUUCCUCUUCCGUCGCUGCCGGUGCUGCGCCCAUGAAGACGGCCAUGCCCCUCGCGGCUGGUGCCGGUCUUGCCGCCAUGUUCUUCCUCUAAGCGCCAUACCUUUAGGUUUCGUCCAAGGUCCUCGCUCUGGAGUAAUGUGCAUAAUGGACGGUAAUGUGGGAAGUGGUGAUAUGAGCAGGCAUUGGAUAACUAGACGUGUGGUCGUUGGUGGCCAUGAAUUGUUUACACCUCACCGUGCAUGCAGAUUCAUGUGGGCAUGGUUCUUUUCUCUCCUUACGAACACUCACGAGGUGGCAUGAUGAUUACGAUUUUGGAUUCAUUAUGCCAGGGCUUGUUUUCUCUUGCAUGCGACAGCGAUGCGCCUUGAUACCCCCGUCAUGGGAAUUUGCGAGAAGGGGCAUUGGCGCCGCUCCCAAUACUAGAUAGUAGUAAAAAUCACCUUGAAUGUUAAUAAUACACUCACAUCAUGACUUGUCCCUUGCA